AUGGAGAGAUUUGCUUCCAUUGACGCCCUGCCUUUCUCUCAGUCUGAGUCGGAAAUUGAACCUGAGAUGCCGCUGCAGAAGAAACCUGCCACAAAGAAGGCACCAAUGCCAGCCUGUGGAGCUGUUCAUGGAUCUGAGAUCCGCCACAUAGCAAUGCCUUUGCCAAAGGACUUGGCGAACCAAGUGCGGCAUUGGGAUGUGUACACCGCAAAGAUGGGUGAGCAUGGGCUGGCUCCAGGUUCAUGUUUGAACCCAUUGACAGCUGAGUGGUUCAGUGGUCAGCAACUUAGCCUACCAUUGAAUUGGACGAAGCCACAGAGUGGACUUGUGAAUCCACGUGUUCUGCAUGACAUGAUGCUGACCUGCGAUGAGGCUGGUCGUGGGUUUGGAAUUGCAACCGCUGGGUUCAAUAUUCGCAAGACGACUGGCAGAACCUACUUCAGACACGUGCGACUGAAAGUGCCAGAGGGAGUCAGGUUGCGUCCAAUGCUGUUGCAACAGAAGAUGGCAGUCGAAAGUGACAGUUUCUGUGUGGCCAUCCUCAAGUCGCGGCAGCAAGAGGGAUGUCUGCCCACUUGCCCCAUUUCGUCAGAUGUGGUGAGCUACAAGCCUUCUGGGGGUGAUCUAGCUGCCCAGCUUGGUGUGUCAAGCGCCGGCAACCAGCUGGGCCUGAGCGACAGCAGGCAGGGCAUUUUGCUUGAAAAUGUCGGAGCGCUACUUUCAAGCCAGACAGAGACCCGCAAGCUUUUCAGGUACAUCCUCAAGGCUGGGCGCAAACGCGUCUUUAUCCUAUGUGCAGUGAAGAGCUUUCGCUUUCCGGAUGGCUUCAAGACUGAGCGAGGGGUUGAGAUGACCGAGCCAUGGAACCCGCUCAAUCAGGUCCCGAUUCAUGAAUGGCUCACUCAUUCGCAUAGUGAGGAGGACAAGUGCCGCCUCCGUGCAAUGGGCAACAUUGUGGUCCCAUACCAGGGGCUAAAACCAAGUGCAGGACAAUUUGAGAUCAUGAUGCCGAGGCAGCAUCCAUUUUGUGAGCAGAAGCAUGAGGGGCCCAAACACUACUCGGUGAGAUCGAUCUGGUUGAUUGUGUGCAAGUUGCUGAAGGUGGCAGGCCCAGCUCAGAAGCGGAAGCGCCGCCCAUCUUUUGCAGAGUCAGCAUUGCAUCGCAUCCGGAAAGCGCUUGACGAAGCUGGCGAUAGCUCCAUGCUUUGGAUGUUCCUUGGGGAACGAGUUUGUGUGGCAGCAUGGAAGAAGCUUCAUGCCUUGGGUUACUUGGGUUUGCUUCGAAAUGACCCUUUCAAAGGAAAUAAGCAGGCAAAAAGGGGUGAAGUGGUUGCACCCGUGGAUUUGCGGUAUCUUCAGAAAGGUGUUCCGAAGCGGGGCAGUUCUGGGGCAGAUGAGACGCGUGGAAGGGUUGUCGCAUUUCUUCGUGGCAUUUAUGAAAGUGUUGCUGAGACGCUUCCUGAUGUCCGUGAUGAGGGUUUUGAUGAUGUGGAUGCAGCCACUGACAAAGUGCUGCAACUACCACAGGCAGACCUUGAUCCAUACGCUCAGGCCAUUGCUGACCCACAGAUUCGACUCAGGCUGAAACCCAAGAGCAAAGGUGUUCGAGCUCAACGGUUGGGGCUUCAAGUGAACGUUCACCGGCACCCAGAAAACGGAUAUGAGAAACGCUGGCUUCCCCCAGGCCACAUCAGAGAGUACUAUGAACAAUUCCUUGCAACCGAAGCUGGAAGUGAUGGUGGACAGACCAAGUCGGUCGCCUUCAGUUCGUUCUGGCGCAUCUGGUACCAAGAAUUUGGAUCGAUCUUACAGUUUCGUCCGGUUUCGAACCAUGCGAUGUGUGCAACCUGCGUGAAGCACAAAUUGCUGAUCAAAGGAUUCGCUGGACACCUCAAGGCCAGACAGUGUCAGUUGGAUCACUACAUUGCGCACCUUAGGUCCCAGUAUAAAGACCGAGUCGUUUACUGGGACCUAAGGGCCCAAAGUCGUCUCCGAAACACGUUAGAGGUGGUGAUCAUGAUAGAUGGCGUUGACCAGGCGAAAUUCGCUUACCCAAGAGGCGAACUAUUCAGGAGCAAAGAUCUGGCUUCUUUUGUUCGUCCAAGGGCUCACAUAGCAGCCGCGCUGAUGCACGGAAGAGGGCUAGUCUUCAGCGUCAGCCCUGCAGAUGUGAGGAAAGAUGCAAAUGCCAGCAUCGAAUUGAUUGCAGUUUGUUUGACCCAGCUCUCGAAACAGAUGGAUUUGCAGAAGUUGACGCUUCACAUACAAAGCGACAACACCUCCCGGGAGGUAAAAAAUAACCACUGCAUGAGAUUCUUGAGCAGCCUUGUAUGCCAUGGACCCCUGGCUUUGCUUGAGGUGAGCCCAGUAAUCUUGUUUUUGAGAUUACAGAAAAAAAGAGGACUCUUAAAGGAGCAGCCCUUGCUUUUCCCAAAAAUUGCCACGGCAGAUUCAGGUGUGAUUGGGGGUGCCCGUCUCCGCAAUUUGCGGAGCGGGCACUCCCAUGAAGAUCUUGAUCAAAGUUUUGGACGACUUGCCAGCCACAUCGCACGAUCCGCUCGCACAGCUGCCAGCCCCCGGGAGUUUCAGCAGAUCAUCCAGACUUGGCUGGACACGAAGUUGGAUCGCCCCCAUGAACCUUUUCGCCAAUGCAUCCUGAUGGACCAGUGCAGAGACUGGACCAAACGCAACAUGGCAGACUCUGACUACACCUUCAACCUGGUGUACUACCCAUAUGAGGUGGCUCGUGUGCGCUUGCCCCUUGGGCUUCCAGCAGGCGUGGCCCCAAAGAAUCCAGUGUCCACUGAUCUGAAGAAGGAUGUGCUCAAUAAGUGUGCCAUCAAGUCGACCGGUGGAACUUAUUCCUUGGUGGGGCGGCCGCAGAGUUUUGAGCCAGUUCCUGGACAUCUUGCGCUGGGAAAACACGAUGGGAAGGAGGCCAGAAACCAGAUCACACAUUACGUUGCUUCCGCCAGAAAGCGCAUUGCGAUAGAAGCUGCUGCAGAAGCAUGGGCAAAUGGUGUGCCAUGGGGUACUGCAAUACAAGUGUGCACAAGAGCAGUGAAGGCUGCGAAUCCCAAAGCAAAACCCGUUCCCAAAGGGGCUGCUGCGCCAAAACGGCGUGCGCAGCGUGGGCUGUGUUCUGGCUGCAGCCAGAAGCUUAUUUUGCAGCUGAAUUGUGCCUUUUGUGGCUUUGAAUGCGAGAGAACGGCAGUGGCAAACGCUUGCCCACAAGUUUUUUUUUCUGCUCUGCUCAUCGUGUCUCCCGCCUUGUCAUUCUUCAAAAAGUCAGCUGCCCUCGGCACUGGAGGUGGCGGGCGUGCAGCCAAAAGAGUUGCCAAAAGCAAUUCCAAGGAGAGUCUUGAUGACCCGAAGGUGGCCCACGUUCGCCGCAUUUGCGAGUUCAUGACAAUUGUCGUGCCACAGGGAGGGGCCGAUCAAUAUUUGAUGAAGAAGUACAGAACCAAGGAUUGCGACCUGAUCGAAUACAGUCCUGACAUGAGCGUCGGGCCGAAAUACUUGCGACCCUGGCAGUUGUCCUUUCGUUCAGACUUUGGAUUGGCAUCAAUGGCAGAUCCCUUCGACAUGUGUACUUUGAUGGAGCUAAUCUUGUUCAGGACAGAUGCCAAUGAAGGAGGAGUGGAAAAGCUGAGUGUGACCGUCCCCAACAAGGCUUGGCUGGAGACUCCCUACAAAGAGCUUGCCCCGCUUGUGGAAGGCAUCUUGCCGCCCUGGUCCGUUGGCUUCAUCAAAGGGUGGAGACGAAGCCUUGCCAUGUUGAUUUGCUUGGAGGGGGUGAGAAGCUUGGGGGUCGAGCUUGCGGAGUUGACCGACAACUUCAAGGCGUCGCUUCGUGUUGUUCAUGGAGCUGUGGGGAGAUAUUCCACAUCCAAAGAGGCUAUUUGGGCAAGCCGUGGAGUCCUGGACCAAAUUCUCAGAAUCACCAUGAGUUCUACAGCAACACGUCGUCCACCAAACGCCAUGAAUUUUAUUCGGCAACUGGAGAUACUGAAGAAGAGCGGCGAGGACUGGCACAACGCCACAGCAGUCGCACGAGCUUUUCAAAUUGGAGAGAAGGAAUCCAAGUCGGUGUGUCACCUUCAGACUUGCAUUCAGAAGGACAUGGUGGCAAAGCUUCGUGAGAGUGUGCGCACCCGUGGCAUGCGACAGUGGCUGACGCAUGACUUGUUGGCGGGUGAAAUGUUCAAUGUCGGGUGGAGUUCAGGAAAGUCGGGCGCUUUGAUUCCAUGGCAAGGGGAGCUCACGAACCUUGAGGCCGAGCUCUUUCUGGAGCGUUUGGAAGGGGAUUGGGAUCGUGCAAGCUUGAAAAAAGCGUGGCUGUACCGUGAUGCUUGGAGUGUGCACGCAGCAUGUGGUGGCUUCAACGCCAUCAUCGAGCAGCUCAAACAGUCAGUGCCGCAGAAGGACUUCCGGGAGGCUUUGCCAGGACUCGUGGAGCAGUUCAGACUUGGCAUCCUGGAUGGGGACAUCGUCACCUUCUUGGAAACAACUGUCCCUCCAAUUUCCUUGGAGCAGGUGCCUUUCAUCAGGAGUAUGAUCACAACUGUUGAGCAGCGGAAGCUGCGUGAGGCCCAGCAGACUGAGCGAGAACUUGCAGAGAAAGUGAGCCAAGCUACUGUCGAACAUUUGAGGAAGGGACAGGACUACACAAAGGACUUCAUGGACUGGAAGUGCAAGCUGAUCUUCCCCAAGACGCAGGAUCCCAAUGCAGCUGGCAACCACUUUGCGGAGAUCGCUAGCUUCAUUUCAAAGUGGACGUCGAAGGAGGGAGUUUCCCGGGUGUUUGUGCUGUGCAGUUUGGAUACCUGCGUUUGGCCUCCCAAUUCUGCUUAUGUGAGCAACUGCAUAGCAACCCUGGUCAAUGUCCUUCAAAUGUCUCCGAACAAUGCCGGCCAUUGUCAGCUUCCGGUGAUGCAGUCACAGACAACCACUGAUGCAUGGAUCAAACACAGGCGUACGUUGGAGGACGCACUGAAGAAGGGGAGGAUGGACAUCACCACAGGAGUGGCCUUGACCUUUGACAAGUCAUCGAGCCAUGCGAAUGACAAGAGGUGUGUGAAUCACCCAUGCCUCUUCGUUACAGCCCUUGACCAUCAGCAGGCCAACGCUUGGUUGGGCGCCGCUGCGGUUUCGAAAUGUGUGAUUGGGCCUUGUCAGCUCAUUCGUGUCUCUGACAUGCAAGGCUUUGACCCAGACAACAGAUUUGGUGCUGCAGCACGAACUGAACAGUGGAAGGGCGUGCAAGCUCAUUCGGAGGUCAUCGCCUCCUACCUGCGUGGGAUUGACUGGCAAGAUGGUGACGUGGCAAUCUUUGCUGAUUGUUUGGCGAACAGGUAUGGUGAGUUUGGACAUGCAGUGCUGGACCGCCUCCUGGACAAUACAAUUCGGCGCCCACCGCUGUACUACAUUGGCUGCCUUCGGGAGGACCAGCGAGAUGUUGCUGCGGCCUUGGAGGAGGAGGUGUACAAGCAUUGGGAUUCUUCAGAAUCUGCGCCUCCAGCCCGGCGGCCAACUGAGCCAAUUUCGGAGCCCUCGCUGGAGCUGUUGGGUUGGAACAGUGGUGCCCCUGUGUUCCCUGAGAACCUGCUGCAGAAGUUUUCUGAAGGGUCAAAUGCUCAUGCCGAUGUCCUUGCCAUGAAGAAAGAACUUGUCCAAGCGUUUCCGGAUGCAGGACGGCGUUCAAGUCAGCGAUCUGAGACAAGCACUUCAAGAGCCGCGCCAGCAAGGGCAGCUGGCCGUCCAGACUUUGGGAUCGAUGGCGGUGUUCUGCCACUUGACACCGCGAGGAUCAUUGAGAAAGAGCACAUUGCGCAAAGCGCCUUCGAUGUGGCAAGGAAAGCGUACUGUCCUGCUUCCCGCGGCAAGCCAGCUUUGGUCAUCAGCACCGACUUUGGCUUGUAUGUGGGGAAUGAAAGCGACCAAGAGAUGCAGCUCGUUGCUUCGGAGCUUUGUGGCUUCAACACUGGCUCGUUUCAGCAGAAGGCCAUUGCAGGACUGGGCGAAUCCGAGCUGGAUGGGAUCUGCUUCCGUUUUAAUUCGGACCUUUCUUUGAUUUCGCACGAGAGGAAGAUUUACUGCAUCUCAGAUUUCCUUCACCAUUGCUGCACAGUACAUGGAGUGGCAGAAUUUGAGUUUGCCAACCACCAGCUCAUUCCCAAGAUGUACCCGACGGACCGGGCUUUUUUUUUGGGGGUGAUUCGGGACCAGACGGAGAAUGCCGAUGCAGAGCAAGUUCCUGUGCCAUAUCGGUACACGUUGACAGCUGCCAGGAACGGUCUCUGCAAUGUUUUCAUGCCAAACUUGCUUGGCCCGGGCGAUGCGAACUUGAGGCAUGCUACGAUCGGGGCUGCAUUUUGUGGCCAUAUGGACAAGUUGCCGCGUGGGCCUGAUGCACAGGUCCUUUGGGAAGCCAAGGCCAAACCGAAGAGUCCUGCGGCUUCUGUGAAAGCCAAGAGCAGCCCGAGCAAGCCGAAUCCUGGCCCACAGAAGGCUACUAAGUCUAAGUCCGUUCUUCAGACAGGGUCGAAGAUGAAGAAGCCGGCUGCUUGCGUACGCAAGCGCCCAGCUGUGGCUCUUGGAGGAGAUUCUGAUGGCAGAGUUGAGCCAGGCACUACCGCUGCGCUUGGUGAGGACAGUGAUGGAGGUGUUGAACCAGGUGAUGAUUCUGGUCUUGCUGCUGUGCUCAAGCGCCCAGCUGCUGCUGUUGCAGGAGAUGACGGCAGCAACCCCGGUGAUGAACCAGGUGAUGCUCCUGAUGGUGCCCCGUCAUGCAGCAAGCAGCCGAAGGUGAGCUGUAUCUACCUCUACAAAUCCACAGGGAAAUUUGCUGUCAAGCGCGAUGGAAAGCAGAUCUUUCAGGUGGGUGGCAACCAUGUGAAUUCUGACAAGGCCAAAGAGAUUGCUGACUUGGCCUCAGCCAUUGGCCGCAAGUACCUGAUGUUGGGCAAGAGUGAUCAUUUUGUCCGAGACGUUGUGGCCAACUUCUCAGUUUUGCCUGCUCAGCAGCGUGUUUCAGACCUACAUCAGAAUCAGCCACCAGCGGAGAUCACUGCUGCUGCUGCUGAGCAAGCACCUGAGCGCUCCAGUGCCACUGGCUUUGAGGACGCCGAGGUUGAGGUCGAAGUUCCUGAUGUCUCAGUUGAGGACGGCACCAAGGAGGGAGGAGAGGAGGAGGAAGGAGCUGUGGAUGAAAUUGUCGAAGCCCCUGCAGACUCUCAGGUGGCUGAGGAUGUUGACUAG